GUAUUGAUAAUUCUAAUAUCUGUCGGCAGUAUUUCGUAACGUGAUUUCGUUAUUCUCUUCUGACUGUAGUGUAGCCAUGUAGGUCUUUUCUUUUCGCGGUCGAUCGUUGACCGACUAGUGCCAGUAGACUGGAUUUUAUAUUUUAUGUACUAAUUAAACACAGUUUUCGUUGGUGGUUCAUUUGCAUGUGAUUCUCAAUUCCGAGGCAAAUAUUUUUUUUCUUUUUUAAGCAACAAUGGACCAUAAUGUUUGUUAUAUUUCCGAUUCACAAUUGAUUGAAGAAUGCAGCAAAAUUCCAAACAUUGGAGAACGGGCAUAUUUGGUUGAUAGUCUAAUUAAGGCAUGUAAUCUUUUUGAUCACAUGGAUAUAUUGAAUGUCAUACCUUCAACAUAUGAAGAUCUCAUUGCUUUUCAUUCAAGUGCAUAUAUUGAUUUCCUUCAGAAAUUAGAUGACAAUAAUAGUUCUAUCUUGGAAGAUGAAGAAGAAUACGGAUUAGGUUAUGAUUGUCCAGUAGUAAAAAAUAUUUGGAAAUUUGUUACAUAUAUAUCUGGUGCAUCAUUGACUGCUGCUCAAGCAUUAACAAGUAUGCAAUUUAAAUUUUCUAUAAACUGGUGUGGCGGUUGGCAUCACGCAUUAAGAGAUUCAGCUCAAGGGUUUUGUUAUAUAAAUGAUAUAGUUCUAAGUAUUGAAAUGUUGAGAAAAACAUUUGGAAGAAUAUUAUAUAUUGAUCUUGAUGUCCACCAUGGAAAUGGUGUUGAGUUCGCGUACAUGAGUACUGAUAGAGUUCUUACACUUUCAUUACAUCAAUAUGAACCAGGAUUUUAUCCAACUAGUGGAUCAUUGAACGAUAUUGGAAUAGAUAAAGGAAAAUACUUUACUGUGAAUGUACCAUUAAAAGAAGGAAUAACUGAUGAUAAAUAUAUAUCAUUAUUCUACAAAAUAAGUAAUAUGGUGAAUAGUUCCUACAGUCCAAAUUGUAUUGUUGUCCAAUGCGGUGCAGAUAGUUUAGUUGGUGAUCCGAUUGGUGGGUUUAAUUUAACUCCAAAAUCAUUAGCUGAAUGUGUAAAAAAUGUUAUGAAAUGGGAAAAACCGACAUUGUUUCUCGGUGGAGGUGGUUAUAAUAAAGCAAAUGUUGCUCGUUGUUGGACAUAUUUAACAGCUGUUAUUACUGGACAAGAUGAUACAUUGUGUACUGACAUACCAGAUAAUAAAUACUUUUCAAAUUAUGGUCCAGACUUUACUUUAGAUAUCAAUCCGGGAAAUCGAAGAGAUUACAACACUCCUGAUCAUCUAGAUAACAUUUUUAAUAUCAUCACAAAUAAUAUGAAAAUAGUAAAAGAACUCGUAAGCUCACAACCAAUCUAAUUCAAACCAAUUUGAUUAAUUAAAUUUGAUAUUUAUUGAAUAUACUAUAUAUUUGUAAUUUUAUAAA